CAAGCUGGGGAUUGUCACAAAGAAACAAAACGAACGCUGCGUUGCUGCGGAGUUGAUCGUGCAAAAAAAUGAAAAAUUUUUCGUGAAAAGCCGCAUAAAGUGGAAAUUUCAGUGUGCUGGAGAACAAUAGAAGUACUACAGAUUGCAAUUGUGGUCAUUUUGGUGGAAGAAAUCUGUGAAAGUGGUGAAAAUCGAGGAAAAAGUGUGUGGAUGUCUCCCAGGGAGAAGAUUCAAUGUAAACAAUGCCAAUUUGUGCUGUGGAGAGUGCAGAAAAAGAAAGGGCGUGCAAGUGAAAAUCUUCAGUUGUAAUUCCGUGACAUUUCAGCCUCCGUACGGGUGAAUGCAUCUCCGGGAGGAAGCAAUGGAUGAGGAGGAGCCAGAUAUUCGUGAGCAGAUUUUCCACAACACCGUACGAGAGCACACGAUUUUCCUUCUGCUCUUCAUGCUUCUCUACUUGGGCUCAUAUGCCCUUAUUGGGCGCUUCAGGAGACGCGAUAGGGAAGACCUGUUCUCCACAGAUGACGAUGAACUGACCGUUUAUCGAAUAAGUUUGUGGAUGUGCACAUUUGCCCUGGCCAUUGCCAUCGGAGCUGCACUGCUGCUUCCGCUCUCAAUUGCAAGCAAUGAAGUGCUGAUUCUGUAUCCCAACAGCUACUACGUCAAGUGGCUCAAUAGUUCUCUGAUUCAGGGACUGUGGAACCAUGUGUUCCUCUUUUCAAAUCUCUCCCUCUUUGUCCUGCUGCCAUUCUCAUAUUUGUUUGCCGAAUCGGCUGGCUUUGUGGGUCACCGAAAAGGCAUCAUCUCACGUGCUUAUGAGACAUUCACCGUUUUCUCAUUACUCGCAUUUGUUGUGCUGGGGCUCACCUACGUCAUUUCGGCGCUGAUCGAUCCAGAAAAGAGUAGCCUUCAGACGCUUCUCAAUUUAGGAAGCUAUCAUUUGCCAUUUCUGUAUUCAUGUGUGUCAUUCUUGGGUGUCCUGCUGCUGCUCGUUUGCACUCCCCUGGGAUUUGUACGCCUGUUUGGCGUCGUGGGACAAGUGUUGGUGAAGCCUCACUUACUGCGGGACGUCAAUGAGGAGUUUCAUGCCUUCAAUCUGGAAGAGGCAAGCGUGAGACGCAAAUUGGCCACGGCCAGUAAUCACGUGGAACCACCUCCUGCAACCUAUGAUCCGCUCAAGGUGCAGUCUGAUGGGCUGUACCAGAGGCGAAUCAAUGGGAAUAGCCAUGAAGAGCAUGAGCUCAAUGAAAGACUGAGAGAGUUAGAGUCUGAUCGACGAGAGUUGGAUAAAUUGCGCUCUUCGUCGGCAUUCCAGAGGAACUUUGUCUAUCCCAUUGCCAUGAUUCUGCUGCUCUUUCUCACCGGUAUCACGGUGUUGCUGGUGGUACAGAAUACAUUGGAGCUGCUGAUUGGCAUCAAAGCGUUGCCGCUCAGCACGCGACAAUUCACAUUGGGAAUUACGUCGUUGUCGAAGUUAGGGCCACUGGGAGCGGCCCUGGAAGUUUGCAUCAUCUUCUAUUUGGGUGCAACAUCUUCAGUGGGAUUCUACACGAUGCCCUUCAUGCGCCACGUGAGGCCACGGAGGAGGAAGACCUCCCUGUCACAGCUCAUUGUCAAUUGUGCAAUGGUGCUCAUUCUCAGUUCGGCGCUGCCCCUGCUCUCCCGGAUUUUGGGCAUAUCAAACUUUGAUCUUCUGGGAGACUUUGGUGAGAUCGAGUGGCUGGGCAAUUUCCAAAUUGUCUUCCUGUACAAUUUGGUCUUUGGCACAGCCACGACGCUGUGCAUCGUCAAUAAAUUCACCGCCACCGUUCGACGUGAGCUGUGUGCACGGUUAGUGGAAAAUUAUCUUCUCGUUAUCAAUUAUGUGUCUGUCAUUAAUUGAAGAGAGAAAACACUAAUCGUGUAAUUUGUGACUCACGUGUAUGGCACCGAAGAUGCAUUUCUAUGUCGUAGUGUAAAACGAUAAAAGAUUUAUUUAUUUAACUUCGUGAUUUUUUUUUUCAUUCUAAUUUUUGCAAGACUUUCCCGUGAAUGUGAGUGUGAAGAUUUUUUUUUUAUUUUUGCAAACCCUUUCACGAUAAUUUCAAGUGAAAUAAACUGCUUAAGAAUUGGAGCAAUGUUUGAGGAAGAAAAUGUAGAUUUCAAUGAUUUACAUGGCAAAAAAAACACCGUGAAAUAUACUUAAAUGGAUUAAUUUAUUGUGAGAA